AACACCAUUGUAUUGCUCAUAGAUUAGCUUUGGCAGCCAAAGAUGCUGCUAAAAAAGUUCCUUAUUUUGAAAAUUAUAAUUCUAUUGUUAAUAAUUUAUAUUCUUAUUUUAGUUCUUCUUAUAAACAAAUGAUUAAUCUUCAAUUAGUAGAACAAACAAUAGAUGAUCCAAAUUUAGUUCUUCUUCCAGACUAUGUUACUAUUUCUGAAGUUUAUAUGCAUUUAAAUGCAACUAUUAAUUCAAUUACUACUCAAUAUAUUGGUCGUAAUGGAAUUCUACCAAACUAUGGAAACUUUUUAAGCGAAUAUAUUGAUAAACAAAAUAUAUUAAUUGAAGAUCUUCCUGAUUUUAUUUUACAAUUUGCAGUUGCAACUGUUGAAUCUCUUCAAGAUCACUUUCCUGAUUCUGAAAUAUUAAAUUCACUAAGAAUUUUUAAUUCAUGUAAAUUACCAUCACAAUAUAAUCAAAUUCAUUCUUACAGCAAUA